AAACGAAUCUCUACAAGAAACGUUGUGCUGCUCACAGGGGCCUGUCAACAACACAAGGAGCUCUAACUAUACCUCCAGUAAACGACAGUUCUUCAGCAGGACCUUGGACAGCAUGACAAGGAAUAAACUCAGAAGCAAGCGCACGUUCGCUGAAGCAGCCACGGGGUUUGCCCUGGGAGCAGUGGGAGGCUGCAUUUUGGGGGCCACGGAGGACCCAGUGGGCAGAAUCAUGUCAGCGAUGACUUCAAGUGGUCCCCUAAAACCGGUGAUGGUGGAAGUCAGGGCAGUGGGUGCCCUGGGGCUGGGCACCCUUAUGGGCACUACAGCACUGACGACAGCUAUGACAUCAGUGAUAGCUGGUGUGGUUUUAGCAGCGGUGACUGCUUCAGUAUUUGUAGCUUUUAGAAGUUGCACCGUCUCCCACAAAAACUCAGUCGGCUUGUGGGUAUCGGCAGGAACUGCCGGCACACUUGGAACCACAGUCAGCGGAGCCACAUUUGGAAAAGCAAUUGAAUGGCUUGUGAAGAAUUAUGGUAUGGUUGGGAUUCUGGGAGUCCUGAGCCUUUUUGCUGCGUUAAAACCACCCCUGUAUGUUUUAUUCAAGGUCUGCUGGGACUGGGGAGAGACCUGCUGCAAUCAGAGGUCUAAUGUCAGGUCCAGGGAGAGGGAGCACAUAGAAAAUACUGAGUGGCUGCAGAGAAAGAGGGUGGCUGUGAAAAUCGAGCAGAGCAUCCUUUCAAUAGAGAAGGGAGGCAGCACCAGAGAACUGGACGACAGAACCGAAUGGGUCACUGAGCAAAGAGAAAGAGAAGAAACAGAGAGGAGGAAAACUGAAAGGGAAGAAGCCAAAAUGGAGCAAAGAACCAUCCAAGACUGGAUCAGCACAGUGGUGCUCAACUAUGUUGAAUUCUUAGCCUUUUCGGGAAUACCAAUGACAGCAGUUACCAUUGUUACAUCAGCGUUUGGUUUGUUCGGUUAUGGAAACCACCAAUCUGUGUUUGUGGCACUUCUGGCUUUACUGUCAGCCAUCGCCUAUUUUCUUUUAAAAUCUACCAAUUUUAAGUUUUGGAUGUUGGCGGGCUGCAUGGCAAUGUUUGCAACCUUCGUCGUCGCCAUGCUGACUCUUCACGCCGGGCAGGUGGUCGUGACUCAUGCCAUGAGGAUGAGAGAGGCCGGGCACAAUCAAUCCAGAGAAACCAUCAGCGCUCAAAUGAACUACCAGUCGUCCUUGGAAGCUGUGAAUGCAGCGUUCUUUGCGGCAAAACUGUGUCAGCUGGGACUGGGCGCUACGGUGGGAGGGACGUUAGUAAGACGGGCAGCUGGGGAGGUUAAAGUUAUCGUGGGAGCUGCUUUGGUGACAGUGGGGUUACUGGCGGGGAUUGAAGCUUUGGCCACAGCUUUGGGAGACGCGGGGACAGCAGGAGCGAUGCUUGGAGUGGUUGGAGCAGCAGGCGUAUCUGUUGGAGCAGCACUAGCUUCAGCUACAAGGUGGUCCUCACGACUGGGAACUUGGGGAACAGCAGGAGGGCUGAUUGUGGGAGCAUUAGGAAUGGGAAAAUGGCAUUUGGUCAAUAUUGGACUUCAGCUCCCAGUGGCCUAUGUGUUUGCAAUGAUUAAUCCACUUUAGCUAAAGAUACGUGUGUUAGAAAGUAAUGUCCUGUAUUAUUGUAUGGUACUAUUUUUUCAUUAUUCAUUUCAUUAAAAACAAACAAAACAUUUCACACAAUAAAACAAUACAA